AGCGUGACGCACACAUGCCGCUUAUAUGGUUCACAACAACCUGUAACCGUCAGAUACACUUUAUCAAUCAGGCAGAGCAGUAACGUUGUAUGUAGGCUUCAACCCCACUUUUGCUCUUGGAACGCGCAACCACCAGAACAGAAAUGGAUCGAAGCUACAUUCGUGGUUUCGCGGUAGAGCAUUAAAUAACGUUAGGGUGGUCAUCAUGGCGAUGUGUGACUGAAGAAGGAAGAUGUUAACAUGUUUGCCACUGCAGUAAGUUACAUGGGCCUCUGUGUGCCCAGGCUCCUACAAGUAUCCGAGGAGGAGUUCGGUUCUGACGGGGUCAUCGGGCUUCACCUUUUCCUGAUUCUCCUCUCCAUUCUCCUGCUCCUGUUCUGGGUCAUCCAUUUGUGUAAGGACGAUGAUGAUGUCUUCGGCGACAUUGACAAAGCGCUGGUCAAUAACUUCACAGAGGGAGUUCAUCUCUACUACAGCUACCUCCAACGACUGGAGGAACUAACAUUACAUAUGGAGGACCUCACCUCUGAGGUGGACCUGGAAUCCUGCUCUGACCCCCAAUCGUGCUUUGACUCAUGCUCAUCCAGAUCAUCUUCUAGAUCACAUUCUAGAUCUUCUAGAUCCUCCAGAUUUAGUGACUGCAGCACAUGCCGAGUCUGCAAUAAAUGGCGGAAACGGCAUCCACCUGACAGGUUUAAAUUCCUGAAAGGCGGUGGUCCAGAUAGUCGCUGUUCUUCAAGUAGUCCCAGCCCACUGGCUAAGCCCUGCCUCAAGCUACCAGGAGAUGGUGAUGUUAAGGACAGUCACAAUGGCUCCACACGUGCCUCCUGUAGCUCCUCCUGCAGCUCCUCUAGGUAUGUGACUCCUUCUGGCUCUCCUCAACCUCUUGAAUACCAGCCCUGCCCUCGUCAGCGUACUGCUAUUGGUUGGAGGCUAAACUGGACUCUGAUGGAGGCCAAACUGGACUCUCCUGUCACUGUGCCUGUUGCUGCUGCUUCUACUGUCACUGGCUGUAAAGACAGAGCUGCCGGCCGCACAGACCUCUCCAGGACUCCGACUGUGAGACAUAUUCAAAUGGUGAGACAGCUGUUUGAAGUUGUGCCGAGGAAUGGAGACCCGGCCGUCCUGUGCCGCUGGCACCGCAGACACUUGGAACUCAACGUGACACAGAAGGUGGCCCGCAAGCGCUGGAGGAUUGCCGUGCUGAUGAUCUCCAUCGUUAGGUGGUUGAUCCCAGAGAGACUGAAGAGGGGAGGCACCACCAGCUCAACCUCCACCUCUGCGUCCACCCCGACCACCACCACUACUACCACCACUACCACCUCUCAGGCCAAGAAAGGAUCAAAGAUCACCAGGAAAACUGCCAGUGUUCCAGCUUUCUGCCCUCAGGGUGCCAACCCUCCAUCUCCCUCCAAGGCUCCAUGCCAGUCUCCAGGGUUAGAGGGUAAAUCCAAGUCCAUCAUGAUGUACGCUCAGGGCGCCAGGAUCCCCUUCAUUUGCCAGGAGGUCCGAGAGAAGCUUGAGUCUCAUGUUUGCCGCAAGCAGAGCCAGCUCCUCUGGGGCUUCCCCAAGCUGGUCACCAGGUACAUGGGCAACCUUGCGCUCCAGCAGCUCCCUAUCUCCGGCAGCGCAGGUGACGGGAAGAUUAUGGGCAAUGUGACCGACCAUCAGGCGGUGUUCUCUGGACGAGCGCACCGCAACACAGAGUUCAGGUUGAAGAAUAAGACUACAAGGCCAGCGGAGGAGCCACAGGCUACUGCAGCCGUAGCGAAGGACAGCUCACCAGCCACCAGACCUGUGGAGAAGACUACCACCAGCACCGUGCUCCAGCCAGCCGAGACCCACGCUACCAAACCCUCCCAGACCAGACACUCUCUGAAUCAGACAUCCCCUGUGAGGAGCUUGACCCCGGAGAGAUGCUGGCUGGAGGAGAAGGUGAGGAGUAAGUGUAUGGAGGUGAAGCUCAAACACUUUCCUGGCAUGGUGGCCCAGUCAUACCACUCCGCCCUUGCUUCGGCAACCAGCCAGCCAACUAGGAAACCCACCCAGGUGGCAGGAGCCCCCGCUGUUGUUCUGAAACGUACUGCCCCACUCAGACGGCGGGAUAAGGUGUUGUUCAUGGGCCAGGAGGAGCUCAGGCACCUGGAGGACAACCUGAUCAUGAAACACAUGGAGCACCUUCAGAGGCAGGGAGUGACGACUGCCUCGGCCCCCUCGGCCCACACACGGGGAGUGACCACAGCAUCGGCCCCCUCGGCCCACUCCCAGGGAGUGACCACCACCUCGGCCCACACCCAGGGAGUGACCACCGCCUCGGCCCCCUCGGCCCACACCCAGGGAGUGACCACCGCAUCGGCCCCCUCGGCCCACUCCCAGGGAGUGACCACCGCCUCUGCCCCCUCAGCCCACACCCAUGGAGUGACCACCGCCUCGGCCCCCUCGGCCCACACCCAUGGAGUGACCACCGCCCCGGACCCCCUCGGCCCACACCCAGGGAGUGACCACCGCCUCGGCCCCCUCGACCCACACCCAGGGAGUGACCACCGCCUCGGCCCCCUCGGCCCACACCCAGGGAGUGACCACCGCCUCGGCCCCCUCGGCCCACACCCAGGGAGUGACCACCGCCUCGGCCCCCUCGGCCCACACCCAUGGAGUGACCACCGCCUCGGCCCCCUCGGCCCACACCCAGGGAGUGACCACCGCCUCGGCCCCCUCGACCCACACCCAGGGAGUGACCACCGCCUCGGCCCCCUCGGCCCACACCCAUGGGAGUGA